GAACCGAAUUGGUGUAAUAACACCAUAUAAGCGGCAACUUGCCGAGAUAAAACGAUUAUUUAUUCAAAAAAUUCCUACUGAUAUAUACAAGGGAAUGGAGUUUAAUACUGUAGAUGGUUUUCAAGGGAAAGAAAAGGAUAUUAUCAUCUUUUCAUGUGUUCGUGCUGGAAGAGAAAGUAGUGUUGGAUUCCUUAAGGAUAUAAGAAGAAUGAAUGUAGCGCUGACUCGUGCCAAAUCUUCAUUGUUUAUUCUUGGAAAUCGACAAGCGCUUGAAAAAAAUCAACAUUGGAAUGAAUUGAUUGAAAACUCAAUACAAAGGGGACUAUACACACGUUGUUCUGGUUAUCAAUUUGCAAUGAAUCUUAAUGCAGAAGUUGGGCGGGCGGCGUCGGAUGAAGUUAUGAUUGUGCCUUCAGUUUCUUUUCGAGACGCAAGAAAUAACACACAAGAGAAUUCAAUUGGAUACAACGCACAAGAGAACUCAGUUGGAUACAACACACAAGAGAAUUCAAAUGGAUGGGAUACACAAGAGAAUUCAUAUGGAUGGGAUACACAAGAGAAUUCAUAUGGAUGGGAUACACAAGAGAGUUCAUAUGGAUGGGAUACACCAGAAAAUACAAUUGGAAACCAACCUAUAAACCUAGGGUAUGGUGGUAGGGAUCGUGAUUUUGGAAGAGGUGCACGACAUAAGCGUAAUUAUAGCGGUCGUGGAAGGGGAAUGCAUCGCGGUAAUAAUAAGCGUAAAAAUGAAAAUAAGCGAUUCAAGCGAUGA